AUGGACCUUACAGAUGACCAGUUGAGAUGUUGUACUUUCGUCAGAAUCGCCACCCGUUUGGCUCCGCACAGGGGCUCUGCUGCUCCACUUGGCGAGGGAUUCCACACUGCCCACGUGUUGUUGUUUCUCCCCAUUACGGAGAGGCAGAAUGCGUCCCUCGUGAAGUUGCUUCUGGAUAUGCCCAAGAACUCAUACGAAUCACCCGGCAGAUGGGUUGCUGUGGAGGGCUACAUGAUUGGCAUUCUCAAUAAGGACUGCCUCGCCCAACCGCCUAAGGACUUCGAUACGACCGUCGACAUUCCUGUGGUCGUGGCCAGAGACAUCAAAUGGCUCACGAGCAACCUUCUCGACAACAGAGAACCCGGGGCUCCAACUGUCGCACCCCCCACUCCCCCUCUCGAAGAACGCAGGAGGAGAAGAAACAAAUCUGCCACUCUGCCUCUCUCAUCUAACGCAUCCCCAACAGCAUUGGCUACUUCCGCCGGCCAGACUUCUCCACAAAAAAUGGGUAAGCUCCCUCAUGCUUCCCCAAGGACGUCUCUCGUCUCAACUUCAAUCUAG